AUGUUCAACAUCCUGGGUCUCGGCGCAAAGGGCUCCUCGGCGGACCGCGGCAUCGGCCUGCAGCCCUACCGCUCCCCCACAAAGGAGGUCUCGCUCUCGUUCAAGGAGCGACAAGCCUACUCGCCCCUCUACCACGGCCACGACGACGGCAACAUCGCCGGAGGGUCCACGGAUCGCGUCCAUUCCGACUCGAUCUACUCGAUAGACGGAGCAGAGCGCAUCACCUCUCCGCCCCCAGGCUACCGUCCGCCCUCGCGCUACACGACCAUCAUCCCGCGCCUAUCGAGGAAGCGGCCGUCACGGAGAUGUCUCUUCUUCGCCGUCGCUCUCGCGAUCGCGUCGACCCUCUACAUCUGCGCCUACACCUUCUUCCGUCCGCCAAACUACAUCAACCUGCCGCCCGAGCUGUACCUCAAAUACCUCAAUCAAACCCUCGCCACCCAGAUCCCCACCGAGCAUGCCCGCAGCGCCCUCUCACGCCACCUUGACCAGAUUCGAUACCCGCCACCAUCGAUUCUCGAAGCUGGACAGGAGCCGUCCGACCCCAAGAAGCCCUGGAGCGUCGUGCCCAAGACCAUCUGGUCCUCCGACGGCAAGCCCGCGCCCAACGUCUGGGCAUCGAAGUGGACGCAAAUGGGCGCGGACCCCAAGUUCCUCGACGACGCGGCGGCCGAGGCGUGGGUAGAGAAGCACUGGCAUGGCACCGAAAUCAAGCGGAUCUGGGACGAGAUGCCCCGCUUCAUCCUCAAGGCGGACCUGCUGCGGUACCUCCUGCUGCUGCUCGAAGGAGGCACCUGGAGCGACAUGGACACGGUGCCCCUGAUGCCGCUGUCGGACUGGGCCAAGGACGCCGUCCCGCUCUCGACCUUGCUCCCCGACCACGGCGAUGUCCUCUUCACCAACAUGGUCGGCAGCCCGUCGCUGCAGUGGAAGAAGACGGCAGCGGCGGCGGUCAAGGCCAGGCUGGCCGAUGGCAAGGACGCUGCUGGGGUCAAUUCCGCCGUGGAGCGGGAGCGGGAGCCGAUCCGCGCCAUUAUCGGCAUCGAGUCGGACCCGACGGAAAACGCCAGCAUCCGCGCCUGGUUUGAGCGCGCGAGGAUCCUGCCCAUGAACCGCCACCGCUCGCUGCAGUUUGUGCAGUGGACGAUGCACCUGGCGCCCAACCACCCGAUCCUGCUCGACGUGCUGCGCCGCGUGCUGCAGGCGUCGGAAAUCUACCGCGCCAACGAGGCCGAAAAGGAGCGCGACGGCUUCGCCGACGGAUGGGGAUGGGGCGAGCGGGACCCGCACCACCGCACCGAGCAGGCCCAGGCGCGCCGGGAGCGCACCUCGGAGCCUUGGCAGACGAUUCACUACCAGUGGAAGUGGCAGGCGGGCGCGUGGCGCUGGGGCUGGCACACCAACAGCGUCGAGGAGUGGACGGGCCCCGCCGUCUGGACGGACGCGGUCGUCUCGUACCUCUACGCCGCCGCCGGCGUCCGGCCCGAGGAUCUCGUUGGCCUCACGCAGCCCGUCCAGAUCCGCGACAUUGUCAUCCUCCCCUCGUCUGGCUUCAACCCGGCCGACAGGAUCCAGCCGACCUCGCGGCUCGUCCACCUCUUCCGCGGCUCGUGGAAGUACUGA